UCGCCUCCUACGCUAUUUCCGUCCUUCAUUUUUCCGUACGUCAACAAAAUAAGGCAAACCCAGUGCCGGACAGUUUAACAAACAUAUAUGUUUUUAAUCGACAGGUGCUUGUUUGACGUUUUUAAUUCGUGGACACGAUGUCUUCCCCUUCACAUUUUAGUGUACAAAUGUCGGCAAUAAUGGAUGUUCUGUCAAAGGCAGCAGUAGCCGAAAUUACCAAGCUGGUCGAGGACGAGUCCGUCGUACUACGACUUGAAAUUAGUCAGAGAGACGGUGAAAUACUAGAACUCAAAAGAAGUUUGAGACAGAUGGAAGUGGAUCUUUUUGAAGCGCAAGAAUCCAUCGCUAAAGCAGAAGCCUCGAGAUGUCCAGAAGAGAUCAAUGCGUUUGGAGCGUACGGGCUUCAAGGUAGAGAUAAAGUUGAACAUGAUUUUAGUAUACCCCUCGGAGCCGAGCAGAACCACAUCCAUGAGCAGAUGGACCCGAGAGUGAAGAUCAAGUCUGAGCCACUGGACGAAAGGGAUCAGCCUCCACUAAUGAAUCCAGUCAAUACAGAGCUAGCAGAGAUCGAUAAGUUGGCCUUUGACCCUGAAGAGGACAUGGUCUCUCCCUGGCCAUCCAGCACUGUCUUUGAGGAUGUGUCUGUCGAACAAACCCAUCCAACAGAUCCCGCUCAACAUGGAACAACGACCCACUGGAAUUCGGCCGGAGCACCCAAGCUUUGCGGCGCGUCACUGAUGAAGGAAGCGCCCCAGGUACCACCAAUGUGCACAGGAAGUACAAUUUUGCCGUCUAACACCUCAACAGAAUUCCCCUAUUUGUCCGGUGAGGGUGAGGGCGAGGGCGAGGUCAUGCAAUGCCGGCGUCUUAUACAGGCGGGACUCCUACCGGCAGACCUGCAAAGGUGGAAUUCCGUCGGCAACUUUUUCGGGGAAAACGCCCCCAGUAGAAAACCCUCCAUGGCGGGGAAGAUGGCGAGAGGUUGGCGAGCCAAUCAAAAGCCUCCACAGUCCAGCCACAGUCACUUCCUCCACAGGACUCAAAAGCCCUACAAGUGUCAGGAGUGCGGCAAGUCGUUCACGCAGCGGACACGGCUGAACUCGCACCAGAGCGUCCACACGGGGGAGAGGCCCUUCAGCUGUCAGAUCUGUGGCAAGCUGUUCUCCCGCCAGGACAACUGCGUCCGCCACGAGCGCUUCCACAGCGGGAUCAAGCCCUACAGGUGUGAAACGUGCGGGAAAUGCUUCACGGCCCUGAGUAACGUCAAAAUACACCAGGAGAUCCACAGACGAGGGCAAUAACAUUCCGGGAUCGAACCCGGGUCGACUGAGGCUUUAUGGUACGCGCGC